UAAAUAUUAUCGGCUUAUUUGCUUUGUGGUUGACAUUUGCCCGGAUCCCUUGCGAGAACUUUUCAUCAAGCUUGCCAAGAAUGAUACAGGUAUAUCUUACACUUCACUUGAUUCAUAUCUUGCAUAUAGACAAAGGAACGUGAUGCAACUAAAGAUGAAAAGAAGGAUCAGGGAAGAUCAGUAUGAUUUACUGUAUCCUAGAUAUGGCAAGGCAGAUGUUGAGCAAUGGGAUGUCACACUUCUUGCAACAUUAAUUACAGAACUCUUCCCGACAAGCCUACAACCGCUUGAUAUAUUUCUCAUAAAGACUGAAAUUCGCGGGACCCGUAACGAGUUGCAGCAUCUCUCAAGUACUUCAAAUAUGGCUGACGCUGAUUUUGAUAAAUAUUGGGGACGUCUUGAGACUGCUGCAAAGACGUUAGCAAAACAAGUGUUUAAUGCAAAGGAUGAAGCGUCAUUCUUAAAAAAAAUGGAGUUUGCAAAAAGGAACAACCUUCCGAAUUUGGGCGAUUGUCUACGCGUGUGGUUUGAAGACAACUUAAAUGAAGUUAAUUCAAAUACAAGAGAAAUGGCGUCAGUUUUUAAGCAAGUGAUUGCCGAAAUACCUGGAACCUCGGGGGACACAAAGAAGAGAAUUAAAGUUGUCGAUAACAUCUUCACAAAACUUCAAGAGAGCUUUGAAACAACAAUCAAAGAAGUGCCGGCGAGGUCCAUUUCGGUUAAAGAAUGUGCCGACAUCCGGACAAAGCUAAGAGAUAAACACCACGUGGUUGUAACUGGAAGUUACAAUAGCAGUUACACUGAAACAGCUAUUGCGGCCGUAAAAGGAAUGCAUUACGAUAUAAAACGUAGUGUAGAAAUGUCAAUUUCAUUGGAUUGGCGCCAUAUUGAUCCCGAAAACGUUGAUUUAGUCUUUUGCAGAAAUCCUUUUGGCAGUUUAUCGUAUGACGAAAGUAAGGCCAAAGGCAUAGUUGACAUGUUUAACAACAUGAUUCGCACAACAAAAAGGAACAGACCCUUGGAUAUAGUCAUAGUAACAGACUUUCAGAUUUUGAAAAAACUCAAAGAAUAUCAUGAUCAUGAACUCCUGGAAGAAGUCGUAAAAGUGUUUGGUGAUACAAGCGAAACACAACCAGCUGAUCUUACACUUGGUUGCGAAAAUCAUAAAGUGUACUCGACAUAUUUGCCAGCUGUCCACAACUUAGGGGUGCUGACGAGCAACUACCUGAAACAGCAUAAAAUCUCAAGUCUUCAAGUUGAUAAAGACGUCCUCAAAGAAGCUAAAGGCAAAUUCAAGGCAAAGAAAGCUAUUGUGUUGACGGGGCCUAGGAAAUGCGGGAAGACAUCGGUAGCUGUUGCCCUUGCGUCAUUCUACAAGCCUUGUCAGUGUUUGCUCUUAACGGAUCCAUAUGAUUUUAAGGCACUAGAUUUUCAAAUCACCUGCCUGGUGAUUAUUGAAGACUUUACGGGAAAGUACUGUUACGACAAGAAAGACGUUUGUAGAUAGUAUAAUAUGUUUGAUCAAUUGUAUGGUGCCAUACUGGAAGGACAGCUGAAUGCCGUAAUCACGUGUGAAAGAAGCAAGCUAGACAAAUGUUGCAAGGAAAUUUCAUCACACCCUGUCCUUGAACACAUAGUAGAUAUACCCAAACGUACAGCUGUCAUCAAGCAGGAGAUGGUACAGCUAAAUACCGAAAAUGGUAUAACUGCUGUGAACAACUGUCAAGAAGCCCUUGAUAUGGAUGCCAUGGCAACAAGUGGAGAUGGAGUAUCUGAUGCAUGCAGCAUAACACCAAGUAGAGCACGACUUCAAUCUAACGAGAGAAAUAUUUCAACGCUUAAAAUACCAAUACGACCAGGAGGAUAACACAAACAGGACAGAUAUUUAAAGUCCAUAUGCCAAUGUUUGACCUUUCGAUGUUAAAUGAUACUGACAGUAUAAUAUACACUCAUGCUUACAUACAAAGUUUACAGUUGACAGCUCCAAGGAUAAAAUGCGUUCUAAAUCACCAUUUCGGAAAUAUCAACGAAAGAUUUUUGUGUCCGCUGCAAUCUUUUAGGGGGUGGUGUGGGGCAAUUAGAUUUGCCCUUGUCCAUCCGACCGUCCGAAUUUGUGAUGUGCAUAUCGCAAGAAAUGUUUGACCCUGAGUCAUCAAAUCUCAAAUGAUUUUUAUACAGCAUGGGAAUUUGUGCACCGGGGGUUUUAAAUUGGAUCUCACACAGCCAGACCAGAGUCAUGGUCCUUAACUUAGUAAAAUAUGAAUAAAACAGGCCUAAGUUUGGGUCGCACGUAACGCAAAAGGUACUUGACCAAGAAUUAUGAAACAUUACAAUAUUAUUUAGCAUGUGAAGUUGUACACCUGGAAUUUUGUUAGAGGUAUAACUCAACCAGACAAGAGUGUUAGUCAAAAUAUGCAAAAAUUGGCAUAAAAGUUUGUGUCGCACAUAUUUCAAAAAGUAUUUGACCCUAGUCAUGAAAUAUUGUAGGGAUAUUAUUCAGCAUAUGAAGUUGUACACCCGGGAUUUUGCUCUAAUUCUCUUUGUAGGACCAGAGUUAUGGCCAUUGACUUGGUAAAUAAAAGUUUGUGCCCCACUUAUCGCGAAAUGUACAAGACUUAGAGUCAUUAAACAUAAGAGGAUUGCUAUAUAGCACGUCAUGUUGGGCAUCAGGCGUUCUAUCUGGGAUUUCACUCAGCUAGGCUGAGUUAUGGUCCUUCACUUAAUGAAAAAUACAAACGAAGUGCUUAAAAGGCCUUUCAAAAUAUUUCACUCAGAGUCAUUAAACCAUAUACUGUGGCUGAAGCUGGGAGUGGGAGGGGCACCUGUGCCCUAUGGACACACAUCUAGCUAUCUUAUGUAUAUCUUAUCACUGAUUAAAUUUAGUGUCUUAGAAGUCCAAUAAAAGCAAAGUUAAAGACCAAUAUAUUUACUUGCAUAUGACAGAGAUAAUUAUUGUCUGCAAAAUGCAGAAACUGUUUUUAAACUUUCAUUUACUAAAUUAAUAAAAUUAAGCAGCUAAUAAAUGUUACCUUCAGUUAACAAGUAAUGCAUUUCCAACUUUCAAAUCACUUAUGUACGCAAAUGCUGUAAAUGCUGGAAUUUGUUUGAAAUAUGGUAAAAUGUUAAGACGAGUUUAAGAAAGAUGUGUGUGAAGAAAGUUAUUUUGUUGUCUUUCCUUCGUGCGUAUUCGUUAACAUAUGGCGUGAAGAGGGGGUAGGGGUGCUAAAAUUUUAUCAAUGCAGUUGACAUUCAGCAUUAUUUUUGAACACUUUGAGCGUUAAUUUCCGUUAAAACGUAAAUCGAAUAGUUAUGGUUGCUAAUGACUUAUUUCCCUACAAACUGUUAUACAUAUAUUCUUUUGUUUUG